AAUCAGUGAUUCUCAACCACACCUGUAUAUUACAAUCAGAGGACUUCAACCAUUCCAGUGCCGCCACAGCACCCCAGAAGAGCACCUAACUUGGACUCCUUCUAGGGUGGCUGGCCAGGCAGCCAGCUUCCUGCAGUAUGUGUGCAUAUAUCAUCUAUGACUUCUAGGAUCCUACCGUGUUUAGAGGUUGAAGACUACUCAGCUCAUUGGAUGGACUGUCCAUUUGCUGUCUACUGUCAGUCACCCAUACAAAUGGUCUCAGUCCAUAUCCCUCCUGCUUUGAGGCUUGCAUUUGAGAGCUUGGGACAGUUGUUUGGCUGUGGACUUUGCCCAGCUCCACCCACCCUUCACCAAGCCCCAGCCCACCUCUUGAACUUUGAUGCUUGCAAUCAAGGAAGCUUUCAUGUAACUUCAGAGGGGCCACUCAUCUGUCAUGGAGGAGCCUGAACAGGACAUCAGGGAGAAGCUGGCAGAGCUGGUGCUUAAAGUAAGAAUUCACAACUCCAAAGAGAAUGACUUCAUUGAGAUUGAACUGCACAGACAGGAGCUGAGUUAUCAGAGCCUACUACAAGUGAGCUGUUGUGAGCUGGGGAUCCAUCCAGAGCAAGUGGAAAAGAUGAGGAAGCUGCCAAACACACUGCUCAGAAAGGACAAAGAUAUUCAAAGACUCAAGAACUUUCAGGAGAUAGAAGUCUUGGUGAAGAGCGGAAACUCUGAAUGGACUCAGCAUACAGCAUCACCUCUGACAGAGAGACCCUGCUACAACAGUGAAGCUGCAAAAAUGACUUACUAACUCCAGAACACAAGGGUCUGGCUGGAAUCACUGUCAAUAAGGCCUAGACCCAUGUGACAAUUUGGCUAACCCCAUUCAAACUUUGGACAAAUUCCUCAUUCCUAACCUCUGAGAAGGAAUUGUUUGACAAACACAGCUACAGUACCUAUGAGGCCCAGUUUAUUUUGAAGUGUUGCACCCCAACACUGACACUACUACUGAGCUGCACACAGGCCCCACUUACCUAUCAAACAGAAUGACUUAGGAUGUGAGUAAACAACUAACUUCUCAAGGCAGAGACGACCUGUGAGAACAGCUCUCAUCACUGUAGUUGAUGGCACCUUCACUAGCUUAAAGGUUGGUGGAUGUCAUAUCCCAAGCCAGUUUUCUGCAGUCUACUUUUGGAGUGUUUUAGAAGCCUGUGUCACUUUAUAGGCACCCAGCUGAAACUUCCUCUCUAAGCACCCACCACUCCUCAAAUAUCAAGUCACCUCUGGUCCCUGUGAGUUUAGAAUACCAGGGCUCCUCAGGGCCCAGCACACUGUUUGUAUUCCCAACUCAGAGCAGUUCCUCAUCACCAACUUCCCAGUAGCUGAGAUUUGAGGGAAAGGAAAUACACAGAGUGAGCACUAUCCAACUGCCAGAGGAAAAUGGUUUAUAUGGUAAUGUGAACCACUUCAUACUCCUGUACCUGCAAUGGAUGGUAUCCAGAACUCUAAGGGAAGGAGCACUGUAAAGAUAUGCAUUUUUGAAGUGUUCCAAGCCCACUAUUCCAGUAACAGCUGAUUAUGACUAGACAGGAUGGAUCCUCAAGUGACAACUCCCCUAACUGUGUUUUGCUUUCAACAGUACGGAAAAUGUAGGCAGGGGCCUGAGGUUCUUCAGAUUAAUAUCUAGAAAUCACCAUUUGCAGAACACUAAGAACUGUUUUUCAAUUAAUUUGUUUAAAAUAAUUUCUAAUUAAAACAACAAAUUAGGAGGGUAAUGCUAUUAUCCAGUGGCUACAGUUUGAACAGUAAUUCAACCACAAGGCUGAUGAGCAAAUUCUCACUUGCUCUAAGCAUACUAUACUAAUAAACAAAAUGGAGGGGGAAGAGGCACACAUGGGGCUCCAGUAGCCCAGAGGGCUUUAGAUUUUCUGCAUAGCUGAGGGAUGACCCUGAACCCUCGAACAUGCUGGAAUUACAGAUUCGAGAGCUUCAAGAGGAAGUACAAUUAAGUUUUACCUUGAAUGUAACAGGAAGCAACUUCACUAAAUAACUCCCAAACUGCUUUAAGAGAAAUGAACCAUCCAGAGAAGAACAUUAGACUAAGAAGCCCAGAACAUAUAUAGGUUACAAUAAAACCAACAUCCGACUCCAAUAUGCCCACACACAGCCUGCUUAUGUACAAUGAUGGAGACUGGUAUGUGCCUCCCUUUGUGCUGUGCUCACGGGAAGCAGUCCAGGUGCCGCUCACAGCAGCCAGAGGAGACAGCAACAGGUAAAGGGAGGUGCACAAGCAGCACCUGUUCUCUUCACCGAUCCACCCAUUAAGAUCCCCGGUUGGCCAGGCAGUGGUAGCACAUACCUUUCUUUAAUCCAAGCACACAGGAGGCAGAGAGGCAGGCAGAUCUGAGUCUGAGGCCCGCCUGGUCUACAGAGCCAGUGCCAGGAAAGCCAGGGCUGCACAGAGAAACCCUGCUUGAUAAAUGAAGCAAACCGCCACAACAAACCCAAAAACUAUCCUCAGCUCAUCUCAAAAGGACCAGGUCUCACCCGAGGAGUGGGAUGUGAUGGAACUGCUAGGAACUAAUGCUUGGCUUUGUGAACCCCUAGGCAUCCGCUGGGGUUUUUCAAAUCCUAAUGACUUUUUCUUAAAAACUAAACAUUUUUGUUAAUACUUUGUGGCACCUAACCCUUCCUUGAAAGGCUGCUUAGAAGCACCCUUUCUCAGGCUGCCAUAUGAAUGAAAGGAAAGAUAACACAUAGUGUGUGUAUGCCUUGUAUGAAGUGUAAGUGUGGUAGUGUACUUAUAACCUUGGGAGGACUACAAGCAAUUGGGAGAAAGGUUUCCAAGUUCCAAGCUAGCCCAGGCCACACAGUGAGACCAUUUAAAGAAUAAAAGGAGAAAGUGUGCCUUUUUAAUCUGCCAUGCACCGAGGUUAAUUUAGUAUGUUUAUUAGUCACUACCUACACCAAAACCUUUCCCACUUAAAAAAUUUUUUAUUAAGAAAUAGCAUAUACACAAAAGCACACAAACAUACAAUUCAAAAAGAAAAUAGCCCGCCCAUUCCUCUGAAAGCCCCUUUGCCCUCCAAGGUCAUUCUCAAAGUAGCAGCUAACUGUGAUUUGUAUGUCAAUUGUUUCAUGUUUCUCUUUCAUUUACCAUGAACCUCUUUUGACCUUUCCCAAAGUGAACCAUAAUGCAUAGAUCCUUCUGUGGCUUGCUUUUUGGGGAAAAUAUUACAUCUUGAGUCAUCCAUGGUCACAUGUAGAGCCGGAAGUUCAUGUUCAUGCCAGUGAAUUCCGUGGUGGGGAUGUGUCACACUAGUAUCUUCCCAGGGUUUUGUUGGUUUGGGUUUUCUUUUCUUCAUUACACAAGAUGACAUUAAGACAUUUGUUCAUCCAUCUCCUGGCAAUAUUUAAGAGUUUCUCAAGAGUAUGUACCUAGGGCUGAGUACAGCACACUUAGCUGUGCCAAACUGUUUCCAAAGUUGCUCCUAAACAACCUGUUGAUAGACAACUGAUCUACUGGGGAUGGCUGAGGGGAAGAAAUAGAUCAACUAUGAAACUCUGGAAAUGCAUCUUAAUAAAAAAUCAUUAAUUCUGA